AUGAAGAUUCAACUUCUCUUCACCACCAUCGUCGCCCUAGUCGCCGCACAGGACGGGCUACCGGAUUGCGCAUUCACCACUGGUGACAAUAUCGGCGGCUGUCCCCAGAUAAAUGCCCAGUGCAUAUGUUCUCAGCAGAGCUUCAUCAGCGGCAUUUCAUGCUGUCUUGCCGACGUCUGCAGCGAGGCUGACCAGCAGGCUGCCGUCGACUACGCAGUCAAAUUCUGUGGCAGCUUUGGCGUGACCGUACCCAGCGCCGUCUCUUGCACGUCGACGGCCACGUCGACGGCGGCGUCGUCCACGGGCAGCUCAACAGGAUCCGCCACCGGAGCUGGGAGCAUCACUACUGCUACCACCGGCACGGCGGCUUCUGCUUCGGCAACGGCAGCAUCAACGUCUAGCCAGAAUGCUGGUUCGUCAAGCGGGUCGUCGGGAAGUGCAGGCAUUUUGGGUGGCCUUGCCGCUGCCAUGCUUGCUCUUCUGUAG